AUGGCGGCGCGCAGGGGCUGCAGUGCGCUGGAUCGCUACUGGGCGGAGUUCACGAGCUCCGACGACGACGAUGGUGCUCGCCCUCAAACUCGGGACGAAGAGAAGCUGCGUGCAACGGAUGCAACAGAGCACGACGAGCAGCAGCAGCACCGUGAGGAGCGGAAGAAGAAGAAGCAGCCCUUUCGGUACCUGGAUCUCCCUGUGGUGCUCAGCAGCAGCGAUGACGAUGACAACAAGGCCUUGGCGCCCGAGACCGAGGAGACGGUAGACUGGUUCUCGGGCCUACGACAGCGCCAAGCGCGCCAGAAGCAGGAGGGGCGGGAGAAGAAGAAGGCAAACAUGAGCGACGCCGAGCAAGCAGAGCACUCGGUCGGCGAAGAGAAUAGCGAAGCACGGGAGGAGCGAAGGCGGGACGUAAGCGAAAGCGACAGCGACAGCGGGGAGGAGAGAGCGGCGGCGGGCGAGCCGGGCGCAGGGGAAGAGAAGAGAAAGCGAAGAAAGGAGGAAAGGCGCAAGCGCAAGCGACAACAGCUGCUGCUCCGGCGGCUCGCGCCGUCGAACGACGCGACGGAGGGAGAAGAGGAGAAGAGAACGACGAGUCCAGAGGAGCCCGAGGGAAGCGAAGGCGGUGUGCGGCCAUCGAAGAACAAGCGGAGGAAGCUGAAGAAGAAGAGGCGAAUGCAGGAACUGAAGGCCAAGGAGAAACACGAGCGACAACCACCGCCGACCGCGGCGGACGCGUCGUCCUUCAUCUAUGUGCCGCAGAGCGGUAUCGAGGUGCGGGCGGCGGCGAAGCAGGAAGAGGCGCUACGCGAGGAGGCGGAUGAUGCCGGUGACGAUGAUGACGACGACGAUGGAGAAGGGCUGGUGGUCGGGAGCAGUGGCGUUGAGCGCACCGAAACCACGCGGUCUGCUUAUCACGCGUUCGUGGAGCGCAUGCACGCACAGAGAGGCACUGGAACCAAGGAGGAAGAGGUGAGACAGUUCUUUGAGGGAGUCGUGGGCCUCAUGACGCGCCACGUUCGGAAUGGCGGCCACCCUCAUUCCGGCGAGGACGUGGUCAAGUUGGUGCACGACACCGAGAUCGGGUGCAGCCGCCUAUUCCAGCUGCUCCGCUCUCGCCGGCUACCAAGACCGGUGGUGACGAGCCUGUGGGAGGUCAAGUCGCACCUGAUGAAGGGCCAGUACCGCGACGCCAACGAGAAGUAUUUCUCGCUCACGAUCGGCAACGCACCCUGGCCAACGACUGAACCGACGCUGCGGGCCGAAACGAUGGAGCUCCUGCAGACCGUCAAGCGGUACCUCUUCCUCGCAUGGCUGCGAUUGGGGAGAGCGGAGAAGGUGUUCUGA